UCCUGGCAGCCAGCCCCCCGGGAUGGGCUCCUUCUUGCCAUUCUGCUCAUGCGUUGCAGGAUCCGUGGUGCUUCCGCCAGAGUGUCGGACGAGAACGUUUCCGUCUUUAUUCAGGCUAUAUCCUGGCAAACAGCAGGCACUCAAUAUUUGCUUAGGAAAAUCUAUCAGUUUGGGUAGCAAAGAGAAGGGAGCAAGAAAGACGUGAGCACACUAGGCUCAGUCUUUACAGAAGGCCGUCAGCUGCAGGAGAUUUAUCGGGCCACCAUCAUGCUGCCUACAUGGCUGUGGCUCUCCUGCAUGACAGGAAUUCUCCAGAUGUUCUUUGCAACAGGCAGCUUCAUCAACUCUGCCCUCCAGCUGGUGAGCAACAGCAAGACCUUCUAUCGGGUGGAGGAGCCACGGACCUGGAAAGAGGCCAUGUUCUACUGCCAGGAGCGUUACACAGACCUCGCCGACCUGCAGAGCAUGAACAGCCCAGUGAGCAUCAUGGUGGUCUACUCCUACCUCAGCAGUACCCAGGCAUGGAUCGGCCUCUUCUAUGAUGUGCGCAUCUCUGGCCUGAGCUGGUCUAGUGGUUCCAUCUUUGCCACCCCGACAUGGAGUACACUGCCUGUCUUCCAAGAUGGCAUCUGUGCUACUGUGUAUUCAAAGAUCUCGGUCCCUGUCCUAGGGGCUGCCACCUGCACAGCUCAGAAGCCCUUCAUUUGCUAUUAUGACCCCGCUGUAGGACACCGCAGAUCCUCAGGGUCCACUAUUCAAGAACUGACCACUCUUCCAGAAGAAGCUGAGGUCAAGAUUGGUGGACAGACCUUCAUUCGGAUUGAGAAAACCAUGUCAUGGUUCUCAGCGCGGACCUACUGUCGCAACCACUACACAGACCUGGCCAAUCUGCAGAGAGUGACUGAUGAGGAGGGCAAAGAAACCCUCCAGUCCAUCACAAAUGAUGUCGAUGCCUGGAUUGGCCUCUACUUUGAUACGACGAUCAAUAAUCUGACCUGGUCCAGUGGCUUGGGUUCCAGCAUCCCCAAGUGGCUUCAGAAACUACCCUUGUUUGGGCAAGGACUGUGUGCAGGACUCCGUGUCUUUUCCAAUGGCCCACCUCAGAUUUAUGCACUCCUUUGCCAUGAGCUGAAGCCUUUUAUCUGUUUCUAUGACCCCUCGACAGAGAGGCCUCCACUCAUUGACACUUCUUCCCUCAAAGUGACUCACCCCUCCAAGGUUACUGCAAGGACAACCUCUAGGCCAAACACAGGGACCAGCACAGACCCCACAGAGGCCGCCCGAGCACUGGCUUCAGCAACUUGGAUCUCGCAGCAAGUGAGUCAUGAACCAACUGAGGUCAGCUCUGGCACCUGUGGCUUCAGCCCCUGUGAAACCACUACUCCUACCUCCAGCACCAUGGGCCUCACAGCUCUCCAAUCUCAGGAGAUGGUUUCGAUAAUUCCUCUAGCAACAUCAGCACCUACAGCAGCUGUGACCAGCAUAGAGGAUGACACACAUACAGGAGAUACAGCUACUGCCACCCAGGCCCAACACAUAAGCUCAGCUAAGCACCCAGGGUCUAAAGAGAAACCAGCAGCAGACUUGGAGCACUCCUUUGGAAUCCUGAAAGCAGAUUUUACCAUCUCAUCACUGAGUGAUCCAGAAGAGAUGAAAGACCAACUUUUGAGUGAGAAAUACUUAUUUGGAGCUGGAGUUACAGGCUGGUGAGCUGCCACACAGGUCCUCUGCGAGAGCAGUAAGUGCUCUUAACCAUCAAGUUAUUUCUCCAGCCCUGUUACUUUUUCUUUCGGUCUCACAUGUGCUGGUCUUCUCGGUUACAUCACUACCAAACAAACAGCACUACAGUAUACAAUUCUUUUGAACUACAGGGACUAAUUCAAUGUACAAGAAAUGAUCAAUACAAUUUUAUAUAUUAACACUGAGUUUUCUUCAGAAUUCGCUGCUAAAAUAAAAUGCAUUAUAAGAGAAGGACACUGUUCUUCCCAUAGUUCUUUGGAAGGGCAUUAAAGGCUUUUCAUUAACAACCAUCCCAUCUCCUUUUUAUAAGCUGGGUAUAUAACAAAGCUUAUUAUCUCUAAUUCAUAGUCAAAGAAAUGGAAGACAGCGGCUGGUAAGUGGUUCAGAUUUCAUCAUGCUUAGCUAUAGCCUUAGGAAGUACAUUUAUAGUUACUUGACUUUUAAGAGGUCAUGAAGGGUGAAAAGGACAGGAAAAGGAGAUAUCCUACAGUCUCCUUUGAGUUGAUGCUAUGCAGGCUUUCCCUGGACAAAAUAACGCUCUAGGCACAAAGGCCUGACACAACCGUCUGGCUCUGCUGGGACCGUGGGAACAGGCCAGCUCCCCUGUUCCUUGCUAGUGUUUACUAGAUGUAAACAGCACUUGGUUUCAGUUUCUUCUGUCUUUAAGAAAUUCUCAUCAAUGAAUAACCAGUUUGCUAUCAACACCAAAGCAACUCAACUCUGACAGUUCUUAAAGAGUUUGGUUAGAAGAGGUCUUGGCAAAUCCAAAUGUGAAGACUGCAGCAUGAUACUGGAGAGCUUGUUAUGCCUAUUUAAAAGUCCUUUCAAAUUCAAAUUUCUGACAUACUAAGCCUGAACAACUCAUAUAUUUAAAAUAAAUAAAGUCUAUUAUUAGUACAAGAUACAUGAUAUGCUUUUAAAAAAAAGUAAAAGAGAAGAAAUGAGAAAAAAAGAAAUCCAGACAGGUGCUCAAAGGGGUCAAAAUAUCCAGAAUUUCUUGAGAAAGAGUUGUUUCUUGGUAAAGCAUUUUGCUAGGAUUUUGUUUCCUUCCUCCUCACUAUUGGAGAAGACUGAAGCCAGCCACACUGCCAACAAAGGCCUCUCUCUGUCUCCUUUGUGCUAAGACACAAAUGGAAUCUGCAUGGGACACAGCCACUGAUAAUUAUAGCUGCCAGCAGAACAAUCCCCACAAAGACACCCUCUAGGUUGGGAGAAAGAAAAAAAAUUCCCUAACACAAUCUGCAAUUAAAAUAUGUAGAGGAAUUUGCUUUAAAAAUGUGCUGAUUAUACAGAGGACUCAUGUGAGAUGAAAAAAACACAAGAAAUGGAAAGAUAAUAAUAAAAAGAGUAACAACAAGUUCAAAAGAAUAACCAUUUACUUAAUGGAUAGAAAAAGCCACUGUAGAAAAUUCACAAACUUGAGCAGUCAAAACACGAGGUUUCAACUUCUAUGAGAGGGCUGUUAUCAGCAGGUAUAAAUGAAGAUGGAUAUUUUAAAUGUGUCAGGACAGCUCACUGUUUCUUUGUUCCAGUUCAUGGUAGUAUAGACAUUCUCUAGUUCAUUAAUGGUUGUGACAGAAAAAUUAAAAUUCAAAUUUGUUUUUGGAGAUGAUAUACAUCUACUACCUCCUACUUAUCUAGGCAGUCUUAUAUUCAUUUGUGGAAGCAUAUGUUUUGUGCUUGUGUGGUUGGUGUCAUAUUUUUCUAUAGAAAAAUAUAAGUAGCAACUGGUCAUAGGCAAAUGCAUGAGAAUUAUAAACACAAAUAUACGUGAUAGGACUACAUGAUAGAGGGAAACAAAAUGGAAAGGCAGAAGUAGCAAGAGAAAAAUUUACAACAUGUUUUAAAAAAAAGUUUAUUUAGUACACUGCAUGGGGCAGUUGGGUGAGUAAUAGCAAGAGUACUGUCUGCCCAAAGAAGAGAAUUCUGAUUUUCCUUUUCUUUUCAGGACUGAACCUAAUCAAUGAGAACUUUUCUACUUUCACCUCAUCCCCACUGCCCUCUAGCUGCCCUAAGCUAGAGGAAAUGUUUGCUUUCAUAUAGCAUUUCAUCUCUAAAAUUACUUAGCUGUGCAUUCUUCCUCCAAUAAAUACUUUAACUCUCCGAAAGUAGUUACCAUCAACCGGAAGCCAGCACAGAAACAUGUGAUGAAAUUAAAUUUCAAGAAGGCUUAAAUAAAUGAAGGCUUUUUAGCAAAAAUCAUGUACACUUCUGGACAAAUCUAUGUGUAUAUAUAAAAGACAUGCAGCAGGCCAGCUGUGAGGGUACAGGCCUGGGGAACCUGAAGAGGAGUAAGUAGGAUGGCCAUAGCUCCUGGCCAGCUUGAGCUACACAUACAGGAGUAUACAUGACUUUUCCUCAGAUGAUCCUAUUAGAUCAAAUGAAUCAGUAUAAUCUUGUGAAACAAUAAGCUAGAAGGAAGAACUCAAUCUCGAGGAGCUUUGUUCCUCCAGAAAGAAUAACCACCUGGGAUAUCUUCCUCAGAAGCUGGCUUCCAGAAAAAGCUUAAGCUCAUCCUCAACUUCUGUAUCCACGGAUUCUGCAAAUGUCCAACUUUUAAAAUACAAAUCAAUGCAAGGGCAGGGGGAAAGGGUUCUGACUGUAGUAGCAACAAUGCAGAGCUAACUAAAUCAGGAAGUACCUCCCUGUAAAAAUGUAGCUACAUUACUCACAUGAGUUGGGAUUUUAGUGUAGUCUUCCUGAGCACCUAUUCUGUUCCCUAAAAAGAUGUCAUAGAAUUCUUUUAAUCAUCAACUCUUUAGAACUUAUACGGUAUAAAUAUGUUUCAAAAAAUUUCAUGAGAGAGGGCAGGGGCUCACUAGCCCUCACCCAAAGCUGGAGAGCUAUUAAUAGUUGAUAGCUUCUGGAAGGAGGGUUACAUUUUUUUUUAAAGGAAUGUGGCCCCUAGUAGGUAUACUCCACUCUAGUGGAUGACCUCACACCCACAAGUAUAUAGGUAAUGCAUGAAGUUGGAAGGGGACGGAAGGUAGAUGGUGAGUAGAUGGGUGUGGGAGAAUAUGAUCAAAAUACACUGUCUGCAUUAUUAAAUUCUCAAAGAAUUAAUGAAAAUAUACACAUAGUAUACACAGAAGUCACAGAACUAGUUAAGGGGUCAUGUGAUGGAAUUUCAAGUGAAGGGGAUAGACUUCAGGUAGAAUGAAGGAGAAAAGGGGAAAUAAUGGGACAGGAAGUGUUAAAUGGUAGUGGGGGAUGGGAAGGGAGCAUAGAGGAGUUAGUAUGGACAACUAACACUAAAGACCUCUGAAAAUGCCCCCAUAGAAACCUACCACUGUAGAUGCUUACACACACACACACACACACACACACACACACACACACUCAUUUAUUUAUAUGAGGAACUUAAAUGGAAUUACUUGAUAAGGGCGGUGCAUGGGGAGAAGAUGGUAUGCUCUCUCAGCACCAGGCUCCAUAAGCUAUCAAAUGAAAAGGCCAGUGCCAAGUCAGGUUACCUCAUUUUGAAAUGUUGGUCAGCAGGACCCCAUAGAUCACAGCCAAACAUUAGAGGCUACUGCCAUUGCUCUUGGUUUCCUUCCACAACUUGAAAGAUAACCUUCCUGCUAAAGACACUUGAGUCAUAGGACAAUCAAGCUGAUGCUGACCUGGAAGCUUCAUCCCUAUUGACUAGUUUUCAUCGUGCUGGACGGUUCUAUGCAUGCUCCUGGGGGAAAAAAGUAAUGAACAGUCUUCCCAGCUGUGAACCCUGUAAGCUACAAUAACAACUGGUUUGGCAAGAUAUGUCUAAAGAGCGGGGCUAGAGAGAUGGCUCAGUGGUUAGGAGCACUGACUGCUCUUCCAGAGCACCCUGGUUCAAUUUCCAGCACCCACAUGGCAGUCCACAACUGUCUGUAGCUCCAGUUCCAGGGGAUCCGAUACCCUCACACAGGCAUACAUGCAAGCAAAAGACCAAUGCACAUUAAAAAAAAAAAAAAAAAGAUAUGUCUAAAGAGCACCUAAACUCUUGGGAUUUAAAGCCUGUUCCAUAGACAGAACUCAUGCCUAGUAGUAUUAACUGGGCCCACAUCCCGUCACUGAUUAGGUGAUUGGCCUUAGGGGACAACCUAAUAUUAUUAUUCUGCUAAAUGAACACAGUAUGAAACUGACACCCUUAACUUCUUAUCUUUAUACCAAUAUAUUAGUGCAUCUCUCAACCCUAAUGAGAAAAGCUUCUCUUUGUAGUAGAUGGUGAUUAAUACAGAGACCCACAACUGGUCAGUGUGUAGAGAAUAAAGACUCUGGAGUGCUCAAUCUAAAUGAGAUAUCAAUAGCAUACAUCUCCCCCCUUCAAGGCUCAGGGAUCAUCAUGGAAGAGGAUGCAGAAAGAAUGUAAGAAACAGAUAGAGCUGUUUUGUGAAACAUUAUUUGCUGGACAUGACAGAACCACCACACACAUUAACUCAUAGCAGCUGUGACUGUAUGUACACGAUUAAGCAAACCCAAAUCCCAACAUAGCCAGGGAAGGGAUCAUUAAGUCCUACAUCUAGCUGAGAUGCCCCUGACACCUGACUGUUGCUUGUGGGGAGACAGUAAGUUGUCUUUAGGGAUGUGGCUCUGGAAAAACUACUCAUGUUCCAGUAGAUAGUCAGUCCUAUACCUAAGUGGACUCAAUGUUUUAUUUGUUUUGAGAGAGUGAACACAUGGAACUGGGAUACAAAAGUGGUGUUAGAAGGUAAGGGAGGAUCUGGAGGGGAGGGAAUGGGGAUGGAUUUGAUCAAAAUACAUCAUAUGCAAAUUCUCAAAAAAUAAAAAUAGGUAAGCCAGGUAUAGUGGUGCAAAGCUAUAAUCGCAGUGCUUGGGAGACAAAGGCAGGCUGAUUCUAUGAGCUCAUGGCCAGCAGGGUUACUUAGUGAGACCUGUCUCCAAAAAUAAGUAAAUAAAUAAUAAAAUGAAAAUUUGUAUUAAAAAUUCCACAAAUGUAAAAUUUUCUUAGGCAGAAACUUAGAUGAAACAAACACACAUGGGGAGCAGUGAAAGAGAGACUUCUAAAGUUAUUAGUUUAUGUCUAAGGGAAAAGUAUGUAUAAAUGACUCAAAAUGUCAUACAUAAGGGAAGGAAUGAUUGCAUUUUAGGCAAAUAAUAAAAUUUCAAAAUGUUCUAUCAGGAUUGGUGUGACAUUAGCUGGACCUGUCUAUGUAUGCAGUAAUCUAAGGGAAGCGCAAAUAUUUCAAGUACUUAUCAACUAUCUAUGUUUCUGUAAUUCUUCCCCUUGCCUCUCUAGGUGAUCAGUUGUUUAUUUUUCAAGCUAAUUCCAGGAAAUGGCACAUGGGACUUGGCAUUUCCACAGGGAGCUGGGGGAUGAAGUGGAGAGCAGUUACAUUAUACUGUAAGUUCAGAAUGCAAAACUUUAUUCUAGAAGCUUAAGGAAAAAAUUAAGAAGGAUUAAUUUCCAGAUUCCCUAAAUACAGUUGAUUUUGCCUGUAGAUCUCCUUUAUAACUGUGUAAUUAUUCACCCAAUGCCACAGCUCUGCUCUAAGCACACCCUGAAGAAGCAGCUGUUCCUCAUGGAAAAGAAAAGCCUCCUGAGGGUUUGUUAGUCUCCUAAGAGUCAAGCUCUGUUCUGCUCUCACCUAGUCAGAAUCUUCCAAACCUUUCCAUUUCUUUCUUCUCUUUAAAGGUUACAGAAACAUUCUUAAGUGGAAACCUUCUUAUCUGUUUGAUUUCUGGACACUUUCUAUAUAAAGAAACAACCCAGUUGUCCAACCAAGUAGAAGCCAAAGUC